AUGCUCCCUCCGCUUAUUCCACCUUUUCGUUAUGCCAUUGUCGAGGGUGAAGUGUAUCGCGGUGCAUAUCCCAAAAGCAGAAACCUACGAUUUUUAAAACGACUCCACUUAAAAACAAUCCUUUCAUUAUGUCCUAAUCCACCAGCUGGCGAUCUUGUUGAUUUCUGCAAAGAAUAUAACAUAAAAAAUAUAACGCUUCAGGUCAAUAAAGUAAAAGAUAACGUUCCCUUGAGCUAUAGCAAGGCGAUUCAAGCAAUUCAGAUAAUAAUAGAUCCGGAAAACCAACCAAUAUAUGUACAUUGCUUGGAUGGCGCAAAUGUUACCGGUUUAGUAAUCGCAUGUCUAAGAAAACUGCAAAUGUGGAGCGUUCCAUCGGCCAUGGGAGAAUUUUUAAGAUUCCUUCGCGGGGGAGUAAUCUCGUCCGAGGAAAAUGAAUUCGUUGAAAAAUUUUCUGCAGAGAUAGAAAUCCCUUGCACUAUACCUACUUGGCUGUGGGGUGGACGAGUAGACUUUGUUAAGCAUCCUACGUUGAAACUAAAGUUCUUGGACCCAGGGAUUGUUCAGAAAACCACAAAAAAACCAGUUGGAGGUGUCGGCGAAGGAGAUAGGGAUCUCUUGGGUAAUCUGUUAGAACCUCCUGCAAAUGUGACUACCGAGUAUAGGGAGGUUGAUGUCAUCGAAGAGGAAGAACCAGAAGCUGUAUCAAUGACUGUACUAGCAUUAGCCUUGGAAGGAUUGAAAGACUGA